AUGUCCUCGAACCCAGACAAGGAGGUCGUGCUCGUAACAGGAGCAACCAACGGUAUCGGUCUGGACACCGUCAUUUAUAUUGCCUCUGCAUCUCCAAAGUACCAUGUCAUAAUCGGCGCGCGCAACAUGUCGAAAGGCGAAACAGUCUUGAAAGAUGUGCAAGCCAAAGCAGGCAUCCAAGGCACACUCUCCCUGGUGCAACUCGACGCCAAUGACGACGAUUCUAUCAAAGCUGCUGCCAAGAAGAUCGAGGAGGACUUCAGCAAGCUCGAUGUGCUUAUCAACAACGCUGGUAUAUGUCCCGAAAGAGACGGCACAUGGCCAGACCGAGAGCAGAUGCGCACCACGUUCGAAACCAACGUCUUUGGCCCUACCAUCCUCACAGAAGCUCUCAUUCCCGCAAUGAAGCGCUCAUCCAAUCCGCGCAUCAUCAACGUGUCCUCUACUAUGGGUAGCAUCACUUUGAUCUCCGAUCACAGCUCUCCCUACGCCCAGGUUAAAUACCCCGGAUAUCGCAUGACUAAAGCUGCGCUCAACAUGUUGACGGCAUACCAGUACGUCCAGCUCAAGCCAGAUGGCUUCAAGGUCUGGACGUACUGCCCAGGCUAUGUGGUGACGGAUAUAGGAGACGACAAAGAGCAAAGGAAGGAACAAGGCCUUGAGAGUUCAGAGACAAGUGCGCUAGGACUGUUACAGAUUGUGCAAGGCGAGAGAGAUGCUGAUGUAGGAGGGUUUGUCGGCAGAUAUGGACAGAAGUAUGGUUGGUAG